UGGCUGUUUGCGCCAGGAAGGGCAGGGGUGGGAACGGAGCGGAACGGAACACCCUGAACCACGUUUCUUCUGGAUCCCAACUUGGAAGCCAACCUACCCUCUCAUUUACCCGGGUUAUUUAUGGAAGAGUUACGCAGUUCAGGUGGUUGCCUUAGCGAUGGACGGGGAGUCAGAACCAAACCCUGCCGUAGCAGAAGAGGCAGGGGAGCGGGAGGAGCCCAUGGAUGCCACUCCCUCCCCCCAGCCACAGACCACGCCCCCAACAGAGGAGGCUGGGGAGGCAGUUUCCAUGGUAACAGAAGAAGGAGCCACAAAGGAGGGCGGCACAGAGGACAAUGAUGAUGAUGUGGUUCUAGUAGGGGAGGAGGCGGCAGUCCAGCCUUCUGCCACAACCCUUUCAGAAGACACGCCCAGCACAGACUGCAUAGAGCUGGAUGCUUCUGUGGGAACUAUAGACAUGUCCACUGCAGUGAUGCCUUCCAAGACCCCCAGUCCUCCUGCGUCUUCCAGCGCAUCCACAGUGGAGGCACCUCCUCCAAAACCUCCAACCACAGCAGCAGAGCCUAUUGUCAUUGAUGAUGAGGAGGACUCUGAACAGAAACACACUUCCUCCUCUUCACCAGCGCCCCCUGGAGCCUCUUCCGUAUCCCACUCGCCAGGUGCACUCAGCAGCACCGAGCCAGAUUCGGAGAUCAGGAUCGCCAGUGUCACCACAUUGGGCUCCAGUAGCCAAAAAGGGAGCUCCACCGUUUCAGCAGUAAGUACUCCGCCACAUCCAGUGGACGUCCAGGCAGACUUGAACCUGAUGAUAACAUCGGUGACAUCGCUGCAGGGAGGAGCGGCGGCUGUCACAGCGGCAGGUGAAGGCCAGGCAGAAGAAAAUGGUCUGCAGAUAAGCAAUGCAUUCAGCCUGAAUCCCGACACCCCAUCUGGUCGACCAACAGCCUCCUUUAACCCUGGGAGGGGCUCAGGCCCCAUGGGCCAGCUGGUACAGAAUGGAGACACAGGGACACACAACAGAGCAGAUUCAUGGAUCUCCCAGUCGGCGUCAGUCCCUCGCAAUCAAAAACAAACGGGGGUGGACUCUCCGUCACCAGCCACCUCGCUGCCCAAACCUCCAGGCCAGUCUUCCUCAUCUACUUCCUCCUCAGGCUCCCAACCACAGCCCAGGACAGUCAAGGUAACCUGUGCUAACUGUAAAAAGCCUCUGAAGAAAGGCCAAACGGCCUACCAGCGUAAAGGCUCCACACACCUGUUCUGCUCCACCACCUGUCUCUCUGCCUUCUCACACAAACCCGCCCCCAAGAAGAGCUGCACCAUGUGCAAAAAGGACAUCACAAACAUGAAGGGUACCAUUGUGGCCCAGGUUGACUCGAGCGAAUCUUUCCAGGAGUUCUGCAGCACAGGCUGCCUAGGCGCCUACGAGAACAAGCAAAACCCGCCCAAAUCGGGCCUCAAAACCAAAUGUACUGUCUGUGGAAAGCUCACAGAGAUCCGGCACGAGGUUAGCUUUAAGACUGUGACCCACAAGAUCUGCAGCGACGCAUGUUUCAACGUUUACCGCAGGGCCAACGGGUUGAUCAUGAACUGCUGCGAGCAAUGUGGCGACUACCUGCCCAGCCGAGCGUCGGCCAACCACUUUCUGCUGGUCGACGGCCAACAGAAGCGAUUCUGCUGCCAGAACUGCAUCAGGGAGUACAAGCAGGCCCACAGUAAACUCGCGAGCUGCCUGACUUGUAAAACGCUGAUCAAGACGGGCGAGGUGCUGCACAGCCUCGGAGCGGGCGGCACCAUGGGCUCCUACUGCUCCGUCAACUGCAUGAACAAGGGCAAGCUGGCGACCACGUCCUUCCUCAAUACAGAGCCCACGUGUCACUUCUGUAAGAGAAAUUCAUUACCGCAGUACCAGGCCACACUGCCAGAGGGAAACAUCCUCAACUUCUGCAGCUCACAAUGUGUUACCAAGUUCCAGAAUGCUCCUCUUCAAACGGCCACCAACGGACAGACGCCCCUCUCCACCACAAACAACACCGUCCAGCUGAAAUGUAACUACUGUCGAGGAGCGUUCAGUUUGAAGCCUGAAACUCUGGACUGGGAGGAUAAAGUCUACCAGUUCUGUAGUAAGACGUGUUGUGAGGACUACAAGAAGCUCCACUGCAUUGUGACGUUUUGCGAGUACUGCCAAGAGGAAAAGACGCUACAUGAGACGGUCAAGUUCUCCGGGGUCAAGAGACCUUUCUGCAGCGAAGGGUGUAAGCUGUUAUAUAAGCAGGAUUUCAUCAAGCGGUUAGGCCUGAAGUGUGUCAGCUGUAACCACUGCUACCAGCUGUGUAAGAGAGGUGUGACGCGGCAGCUCGGUGGCCUGACUCGGGACUUCUGCGGCGAUCCGUGCGCCAAGAAGUUCCACGACUGGUACUACAAGGCGGCGCGGUGUGAUUGCUGUAAGGUGCAGGGUAACCUGACGGAGUCUGUGAUGUGGAGAGCAGAGAUGAAGCAUUUCUGUGACCAGGAGUGUCUGUUGAAGUUCUACUGCCAGCAGAACGAGCCCAUCAUGGUCACACAGAAAGGCCCAGAGAACACCACCCUGGGGUUUGAAGUGCAAGGGGCCAAACUUGGGAUGGUGAACCAGGGCACUGUGGCGUACGCAGGUGGAGGUUUGAUGAGAGAUGUCAAGAACAAGGCGGUACUCUGCAAGCCGCUCACCCUGACCAAGGCUACCUACUGCAAGCCACACAUGCAGAGCAAACUCUUACAGACAGAUGUAGAUGAUGGUGUGAAGAGGGAGUACAUCCCUGUACCCAUACCGGUGCCUGUCUUCAUCCCCGUGCCCAUGAACAUGUAUUCCCAGGUCACUCCCUCUCCAGUCUCUCUACCUGUACCGGUUCCUGUGCCUGUGUUCCUGCCCACCACCCUGCAGGGGGCAGAACAGAUCGUCCAGACCAUCGAUGAAUUAAAAAACAAGGUGCCCUCUGACCCCGUGGAGGCCGACCUGCUCUCCAUGGCCGAGAUGAUCGCUGAGGAGCAGAAGCCAGAUGUAAAGCCGGUGAAGGUGAAGAGGGAGCGUGGAGGGGAGGAGUCCUCCGUCGGCAGCAGCUCUGAGGAAGAGGAGGAGGAGGAUGAGAAGAAGGAGGAGGAGGAGGAGAAAAAGGAGGAGGUAGAGAAGAAGAAGGAGGAGGAGGAGGAGAAGGAGGAGAAGAAGAGCGAGGAGGAGGAGGAGAAGGAGAAGAAGAGCGAGGAGGAGGAGGAGAAGGAGGAGAAGGAAGAGGAGGAAGAGGAGGAAGAGAAGGAAGAGAAGUACAAGCCAGACCUGGACCUGGAGGCGGACUUCCCCCAAGCCUCAGAUCCAGUUCCAGUCCCGGAGGGGAUGGAAGAGGACAUGGGCUUCUCUCUACCUCCAGUCCUGGCAGAGGAGAAGGAAGAGAAGGAGGAGUCGGUACCUCGACCGCAGCCCAGGAGACAAGGGAACAAGAGGCAGGCGAUGGAGGAGAGCUCAGAUUCAGCCUCGUCCUCUUCCUCCCAUCCAGCAGGCAGACGCUCAGAGGGACGGUCGCUGCCGCUCAAAGCUCGCUACGGCAUCAAUGCCUGGAAGCGCUGGGCACUGUCUCCUUCUGACCAAUCAGAUGACACCAAAGCAAAGGACUGCGCCAAACCAGCUCGGUCUAAAAGUAACCUGCUGUCGCUGAGUUCAGAGGAGCUGAACGUGGCUCUGUCCCGGUUUGUCAGGGAGGUCUGUCGGCCCAGCGGGGAGCGCUACUCUCCAGACAGCAUCCUCUACCUCUGUCUGGGGAUCCAGCAGCAUCUUCACUCCAAAGGCCGAAAGGAUGACCUGUUCAGUGACCUGUGCUACCAGCAGUUUGGAGAAGAGCUGAACAAAGUCCUGAAGGACUGGCAGCCCAGUGUUCUUCCUGAUGGAUCUCUGUGGGGUCGAGUGGAGGAGCAGAGCCUGUGGAGCAGUCGGCAGCUCGGGGAGCAGAGUCCCGCCGCUCUGCUGCGUUCGCUGGUUUACCUGAACACCAAAUACUUCGGCCUGCGCACCGUGGAGCAGCACCUCCGCCUCUCCUUCGCCAACGUCUACGGACCCGACACCGUCCAUCCUGUCACCAAGGAGACCACCGUCUGCAUCCGCGUGCCUUCCAUCUCUCAGGAUCACCAUGUGCAAACAGAGUCCAGGAAGAGGAAGCGUAAGUUGGAGGAGGUCGAUCAGGACUAUGAGCCAGACGACGACUCAGGAGGCUCCACUGUGCGUUGCCCGGUUAAGAAGCACGAGUGUCGACUAUACGAGCUCUACAGAUCGAAGUGCCCGACAUUGUUACAGGAGCGGCUAGACGUCUUCUACGUUCAGCCGGAUCUGGCCUGCGGCCCCGACGACCCGCUGUGGUUCACCUCCACGCCGCUGGAGCGACAGAUCCUGGAGAGCCUCCUCACCAGAGUCCUCCUGGUCAGAGACGUUUACACAGACAAACAGCACCUGGAGGAAGACGAGGAGGAAGGGGACGGGGGCGAAGCAGCGGGGGGAGAGUAGCAGUCGCUUGGACUUGUGUUAGUAGAGCCUGAACAGUCAGCAGAGGAGAGGAGGAGGAGGAAGAGGAGGUUAGCUAGUAAUGUGUGCGCUCCUCCCCUGUCUUAACGUCUGGUCCUCCUCGCCCUCCUUGCUGAACUGCUGUUUCCUCCUGGUGAGGGACGUCCACAACAGAGGUAGAUGAUGAUGAUGAAAGUGGUGGUGAGGAGCAGCCCUAAGUUGUACUUCUGCUGAUUGUCACAAACAGAGGAGGAAGACGAGGUAACGAAGCGAACGAGGACAAUAUUUUUCUCUCCAGUCAUAAAACAGAAGAGGAGGAACAGGCACAAAUGUCUCCUGAUGAAAGGAACAAGUUGGAAGGGGGGGGGUAGAGGAGGCGGAGCUGUCAUCUGUUGUCACGGUCAAACAAAGCUAAAUCAGGUAGAAGAAGACGUUUAUUAACGGUUAUCAAAGGUAGGACCUGCUGUUGUGCAUCACCAACAAUUCUGAGGAUGUAGCUUGUUUAUAGUGCUCGAACAAGCAGCUUACAGAUAUUUAAGCUUUUAACGACGCAGAAUCACGCUUUAACAAAAGUUUAUCAGCCGCCUUCAGGGAGGCGCAGACGCAGAGGCCCAGGGACAGGAAGCCAUGGAGUUAUUCCCUCUCACUCUGCAGCUUCAUGUCCUUCCUCGCCAUCGCUCUGCGGAUGGGAAAGGAGGCAGUGGGAGUGCUCGCAGGGUCGAGAGAGUAACUUCACAGAUCUUUUUACACAGUUGAAUUGAGAAGGAAGGGAGAGGGUGGGGGGGGGGGGUCUGGGUGAAACCAGAAGCACCACCCAGAGGAGGAGAAGGAAAGUUGGAGAGUUGGAAAUUCCCAGCUGGUAGGUUGAAAUUCCAUCUUUAAUGCAGUCUCUAGUUCACAAUGUGAAAAAAUAGAAACACAGCCAGUAAUAGGAUCUUCUCAGACCAACAACUACUGUUCCCAACUUAGCUGCUAAUUGUAUUCGUAUCUGGCAGAACAGUAGCAACUAUAUAUACGUACCACUUUAUAUUUCAAAUGUAUAUGUGAUUAAACACUAAAUAUUCUACAGCUUAGAAAUGCUGUUACACUGACUCCGACAGGUGGGAAAGAUUCAGGUCUUCGACAUCCCAGCAGUGAUGUAACAAUGCACUUUACUCCACUGCUUCUUCACUUGUGGGGUUUGGAAAUUUCCACCAUUAGAUGGAAGCAGAAAGUAAUUGUUUUUUUUUUUUUUGUUUUUAACAAAUAGGUGGUUUCAUGAAUUUAAGGUUUAAAGCUCAUGCGCACCUUCACAACUGUUAGGCAGUUAUAGAGAUGUACUCAGGUUGAAGUCAGGCUCCAGUUAAGAUGGUGAAAUUUACUCUUUGGUGUAGCAAAAAGAGGGAGGGGGUUAACUUGUAUGGCUUCUUAUGAAACGCUUAAAACAGGGAUAGAAGGAAAUAUUUACUGAAGGGCAGGAAGAUCCCGCUCCCCUCUCUUAAACCCACUGGACUAUUGGAGAGCUCAAUGAUUUCAUAUGUCCAAGUGAAUUAGAUUUGAAUUUUGCUCAAAGGGGAAGAGUUCAUCUGUGAUGAAGAGAAAAUUCACUUCACCCUGGUCUGACAUCUGGUCUGACUGCACCAUAAAGGUUUGGUCACAUUACACUUGUGUCUUUUUAAAAAAAAAAAAAAAAAACAAAACAAAAAAAAUCAUCGCUCCGUUUCCCCCAUUCACUUCUAUUGGGACGAAUCCAAGCACGCGUUUUCCUGUUUGGGUGUGAGCUCCAGCUGUUCCGGCAGACUCUCAGGUCAGAGUUCACCUGUUUUCAUAAACCUCCACUGGGCGGAUGCGCUCGGUUGGCCGAUAGCAACACGGCUGCACUGUGUGCGGUAAUGUAGAUGUUACUAUUUCAGCCUGUUUCACAGCCAUAUUUUGUACAUUACCACACUAGCAGGCUACGAACUGCAGUGAUUGCUCUAAAUAAUAUUUAUUACCUGCAUCACAAACAUGCAAUCAAGUCUUUUUUUUUUUUUUUUUUUUUUUUUUGUUUUGGUUUCAUUUUUUUAGGGGCCGAGUGCAGGGAAAUUUUGUAGGAUGGGAAUGUGAUGUGACCGUACCUUUAUGCAGGUCACCAAACUCAGUGUAGCAGCGAGAGUGAAAGAAGUCGUCCAUCUUAACAGGGGAAACAUAAUCAGGUAAAGUAAGUGAAAUCACCUGUGUAGGUCGUGAGCUUUAAUUUAAUUGGGCUUGAGUGUGUUUUAAUGGCUGUCAGCAUUAGCAGUGAUGAUGUGCUGACAGUGUCUUAAGUCCAAUAAGCGCAUCACGGAAGCCUGCAGUUGGAGAAACGUUUUGGGUCUUUCCGUUUACAUUUUUCACCGCAUGAAGCUGGAAUUUCUGACUUUCCAACACGUCUCGAAAAAAACGCCUCUUUCCUCUCAGCCAGGGCGACCUGCUGUAUCACACAUCGCCAUUAAACCGGGCUGCUUUCAUUCCUUCACAUCAUCCCGCUCACCGCUCUUCCUCUGUCAGUACUGCUCUCAGGCGAAAAAAAACCCCGCUGCACCACAGAGGAACCUCAAGCUCUGAAGGGAACAGGAGUCAGGACUGAUCCCAGGACAGAAAGAGAGGACCUUAAAAAACCUCUGACUCGCUGUGGUGCGGGGGAAAGGCAACCUUACCGACAUGCUGCGUUUCUUUAUAGGACAUUAGGGGAACCUUCAUUCAUGCGAUGUAGCAUUAUGUGCGUACUAAGCCCCGAUUGGGUUGCUUUGAAGUGUAAAUAUCUCUGAAACAAGGCGGUUAUUUGAGACGGAGUCGACACACAGAGGGACACUGUGUAAUUCGGGGUAAAGAGAAAAAACAAAAAACGCCCACUGAAACCUUCAGCUUGAAAACCCGCCUCCUGAGAAGCCUUUUUUAAAAAAGACUGAAUAUUUAUUUCUCUUUUUAUUAGUUUGACUGUAUCCUUUUUUGGGAUUGGGAUUUUUAUGGGUGCCAUUUCCUUCAACGGUCAUUCAUUGAAAACCUGCUGCGGUCCUGCGCCCUCGCCUCCCUCUUGUCCAUUUAAAGAGUCUCUGUGCAGGAACCUGCUAAUCAUGAAGGACGUUGAUUUAUUCAGAGUUCAACAGACUAUUUUUGAACAUUUCCUUUCUGCUUCUGUCCCCCCCCCCCCUCUGUGUUUGUCAUUUCCUGGUAUUUAUCAGUUAUUCUGAGUCUCCUUUCAACUUAAUAUUGGUUUAGUUUAAAAACAGCGCUCGUUAAGAAGUGCCCUACUCUUCCAAGCUGUUUUAGAGUGCUAGCACUGCAAGGCAAUGCUUGUGUUGUAAUAAAGAAUUGGUUGGACAUUUUAUUUUAUUUUUUUUUUUUUUUUUCAUGAACUAAACUCAUGUUUUUCUUUCUGAGUUACACUUUUCCUUUUUUUUUUUUUUUUUUACUUUUCUUUUUUUUUUAGUUUAAUUUGAAUUUGCGUUCUGAUUGUUUCAAUAAAUUGGAGAAAGUGUCAUGAAGUUAAAAUCAAGUAAAAAUUAUUUAAGGAUUUUUUUUUUUUUUUUUUAAUGCACUUGUUCUUUGGUCGCUAAUCAACUUUCAUUUAAAUAUGAAGGUUUAAACCUGGCUGAAUUUUAUACCCUACAAGUUUGUGUUUCCACAACCAGUGCUCGAAAUAUAAGGAGCACCUUCCAGAUGUUGAGUUGGACCCAUCAUCAACACGGUCACUGUCUCAGAUUUCACAGAUUAAAAAUCAAUCGUGUCUUUUCUUCACAAUCCACAUCACUGUUCCUCCUGACUGAGGUGGAUUGAACCGGAGAACAAGGUCAGGGAUUACACUUUGAGAGUUUUAUUUUACCUAAAGAGCAGCCGUUCUGUUAUUUUGUACACUUUACUGUGCGUUUAAUGGUCCAGAACAGCAGUGAAACAUUACAGGAACAAAGGUGGAGGAUUUCAUGGGAGAAGAUUGGUCUUGAUUUGAAGUUGCCCUGAUCACGUGUCCCCAGCCCCCAAAAAUCCAAGCCUUUAAACUUGAGUGUGGACGCUAACGAAACUGACCCCGGAUUUAAACUGGCCGGUUUUCCUGCUGGACUCGGAGGCAGCGACCAAACCUGCCACAGGUUUGGACCUACAUUAGAUGCUGUGGCUGGCUUUAAUGCCUAAUGUGAAUGUGCCUAUCUGUAAAUACUGAAAGUGAGUGAUUGUGAGUCUGAUGCUAUGUGUGUGGGCUGAUCUGCUGAUACGGUCAUGUUAAAUAAAUGAUUUCAUUUUCUAACCAGA